AUGAUGAAGUUCACUCUCUUCUGGACUCUCAUGAACCUGCCAGCUACAUUGGCCUUCAAUCCUAAUUACAGAAAGGAACUCAUUUCUCCUCCCUACUUGGCCUACCUGAAGUCAGAUUACCUACCCUGUUCAGGAGCCUUGGUCCACCCACUCUGGGUCAUCACAUCAGCUCAUUGCAACCUACCGAAGCUUAGGGUGGUCUUAGGGGCUUCAAACCCAGGAGACCUCAAUGAACGCUACCUGCAAGUGGUUGGGUAUGAGAAGAUGAUCCACCACCCAUACUUCACAGUCAAUUCCAUUGAGUAUGACCUCAUGCUGAUCAAACUGAAAAGAGAGGUUCAUCUCAAUGACUAUGUGCAGCUGGUAAACCUGCCCCACCGGGAUGUUCCUGAUAACGCUGUGUGCACUGUCUCUACCUGGGCCUACAAUCUGUGUGAUACCUACAACGACCCCAACUCAAUGCAGAAGGUAAACAUCACUGUGGUCCCCAAGACACAGUGCCAGGACACCUAUAGGAGCUACCCCAUCCGAGAGAGCAUGCUAUGCCUGGGCAUCGUGCCUGGAAGGCGGCUGCCCUGCAAGGAGGUCACAGCUGCCCCAGCCGUCUGCAAUGGGACGCUCCAUGGAAUUCUGGCUUUCGCAGAUGGAUGUGUGUUGAGAGCAGAUGUUGGUAUCUAUACCAGAAUCUUUACCUACAUGUCCUGGAUUCAAAAUAUAAUCCAAAACAACUGA